AAGCCAAAACCGUGUAUGGAACUUCCAACCCCUUUUAUAGACAUGGCCAACAAACUUACACUCAUGGAGUCCCCUUUCUCCGUGAUGGCUCCCUCCUUACCUCUUGUUCUCCCACCAUCAACUCAAGCAGAUGGCUUUCGGAGAAUGGCUUACCAGACCCCUGAAAUUUCACCCGUUACAAGUCUCUGUCGUGACCUUUGUGGUCUAUGGCCUGGUCUUCCUCUUGGUAUUGGUUCAUGACCAAACGCCGGAUAUCUCGACCGACCUAACUGGCCUGAACCUGGCUCAGGCGUAUGAAGAUCUUCAUGAGUUAACGGCUCGCCCGCAUCCCUAUGCAUCACACGCAAACGACGAAACUCGCUCCUUCAUUUUGUCUCGCCUUCAUAAUAUCACUGCCGGACGAGAAUUUGUGCACUUAGCCGACGAUCUCGUUUCCAACGCGUCAUAUGUCUCCGGUACAAGCCAAGGAACAUACUUCGAGGGAUCAAAUAUCCUCGUGAAGAUAGACGGGAAAAGGCCGUCUCAGACUGAUGGUGUGGUGUUCUCAGUGCACUUUGAUUCAGUCCCAACAGCACCGGGUGCGACAGACAAUUCAAUGAGCGUUGCAACCCUCCUCCAAUUGGUCGAACACUUCUCGCAUCCGGAGGGACGACCGCGACGAAAUGCCUUCUUUCUAUUUAACAAUGGCGAAGAGGAUGGUCUGAAUGGUGCACAUGUCUUCUUCGAACAUCCGUGGUCUAACUUCACGUCCACUUUUGUGAAUCUCGAGGGUGCAGGCGCAGGGGGUCGACCUCUCCUCUUUCAAUCCACCUCACUGUGGCCAGUCUACGCAUACGCUUCAGAUUCCGUAGCACAUCCGCUUGGAAAUUCACUCACCGUAGACGCGUUUUCCCGUGGACUAGUACGCAGUCGCACAGAUUUUCAGGUCUUUAAAGAAGGGAUCAAGGGUGAGAAGAAUGGACUGUCCGGUGUCGACAUUGCGUUUUAUAAGAACCGUGCAUUGUAUCACACACCGUUCGACUCCAUACCUGCUAUGGGUAAAGGCGAGUCCAGACGAUCUCUAUGGAUUAUGAUGAAUACGAUAAAGGGACUUGGUACAUCUCUGCUUAACGACGACCAGCCUGACGAUGGAGGCGAUAGCGGCGUAUAUUUCGACUUAUUAGGCUCAUCUUUUGUCGUCUUUUCCCGCUCUGCGCUAUUUGCGACAAACAUUGUACUCCUCAUUUUGGGACCUAUAUCUGUCGUCAUUCUCUUGGCUUGGGUCAUCGUCCUCUCUAAGAUACAUAGAAGCUCCGAUGCACCAGAAGAAGACUUGUCGACUGCUUGGGCAAAAGUGAAGAAAGUGCUGAUCACUGCUCUGGGUUGGGGGAGGUUCUGGAUCGCUUUAGUCCUUUGCAUCGCUGCACAUGUGGGCCUUGUGGUUGGCUACGUCAAGCUCAACCCUUUCGUUGUCCACGCUCACCCAUAUUGGGUUUUAGUGACUUCAAUGUCCUUGACAUUCCUAUCGUUCGCAUUCCCCUUAUCAUUGUUCCACUUUUUCCUUCCAUCACCACCGACGUCUCAGAAGCUUGCUAUCGUGCUUGAAAUAUUCUUUUUCACCUGGAUUCUCCUUGUUUUCGCCACCAUCGGUGUUCAUCUGCUUGGAUUAGGUGGCUUCUACUGGAUCACCGCGUGGUACCUCUGCGCAUGGAUAGCUUCUCUGCUUGGUCUUGCCGAGGGUGCAGAGCGAGCAAGAAAGGGCGGGGAGGCAGGCGGAAAAGGCGAACUGGACCUUGUUGGUGAACGUCCGCCAACUCCGGUUGAAGAGCAUCCAGAUGGUGUUCGACAUGUUCGCGGAGUCCUCUAUCAGGUGCCCGAAGAACCUGAUGAAGAGCAAGGCGAUGGACAUCAUGAACCCGUUGAGACUGAACCCACCGACAUUACACCGUUAAUGAGUCAGCAUCGAAGAUAUGAAAGGGGUCGAGAGUACAUCGUUGGCGUUGAUAAUGAGCUAACACCUGUUGCCAGCACGAAGGCAAAGAAUGUUGGCUUCGACGAGACUGGAUGGUGGAUCUUGCAAUUCAUAGCUUUGGUUCCAUUCUCCGCCAUUCUAAUAUUCCAGAUCCUGAUUUUAGUUCUCCAUGCGUUGAGCGAAACACUGGUCGAUGGAAGUAGUCCCAUUGUUGUAUAUUCAGCCGUAUCCGCACUGUCUGUCCUAAUUCUUAUUGGUCUCGCACCCUUCGCGCACAAAAUUCACCACCUAUUCACCUUCGUCGUUGCCCUCGUUUUCAUCGUCUCACUCGUAUACUUGUGGACCACCUUCCCUUUCACACAAGAGGCGCCGUUGAAGCUCUUCUUCCAACAGAAACUCGAACUCGACAUCCCAUCCCUUAGGUCUUCGUUAUAUCAGAGCCUCUCACCCCAAUCUGAGGACGUAAGUACUAUCGUCCGCGCAGUGACUACAUUGACGGGGCCUCGCCGUUACCUCGAUAAGUCAGUCAUUCCGGAACUGCGGUCGUCAUGGGGAAAACAUGUCGAUUGUAAUACAGACACUGUGUUACGACCAGGGUUGCUGGCAUGCAGCUGGGAAAGCAACCUACUUCCAUCACCUGGCGGAAAUACGUCUACGUCCACCGCACCAACCUCUAUAUUAUCGUCGCGUGGCGCAACUAAGCCUUCGGAUUGGUUGUCCGCCUCCUUCGUACGUACAGGCCCUAGCACUGCGAUAGCCACUGUACGAGGUACGAAUACUCGCUCAUGUCGUUUGAAAUUCGACAAGCCGAUUUCGCAUUUCCACGUGCGAAAUGGUGGACGGCUUCAGCCAGGAUAUGAGCUUCCGGAUGAAGGCAUUCAGGAUCUCAUUAUGUGGAGUCGUACAUGGAAUAGCGAGUUUGUGGUGGAUUUCGAAUGGGCUGGUGCUGACGAUGAAUCUACGCCUUUCAGCGGGAGUGUUGCAUGUGAAUGGGUGGAGUAUGCUACAGCGUCGGCUGGCAGUUCAUAUGCUACGACGAGUGGACAGAUUCCGGCAUUGGAAGAAGCCCUACAUUUCCUGCCAUUUUGGGCGACCAUAACGAAGUGGACCUACGGACUGCUGGAGGCGGAAGCCAGGUUUUCCUUCUGAGUUUUGAUGACACCUGAUUCUAUAUCCUUGUAUUAUCAUUAUUGCAUUCCUCUGUAUUUUAUUUGGGAAGACACGAACUUGUAGUUACCUCUGUAUAUACCAAUACCCUAGGGUCGCGGAAGUUCCCUUCCUUCUCCGUCUAUAAGGUGGUAUCGCCGAACACCGUCGUCCCAGCCCCAAGGAACCUCUUCUUCCCAGUG